AUGCGCCCUUCCCACGCAAACAUCGGCUUCUGGCUGAUGUGGUUCACCGCCCUCCUCUGGUCCUACCACAACUCCUACGACGACCCGUCCUCCUUCUUCUACAAGUCCCGCAUCGCCUUCGACCGUCGCUACUCCGCCCUCCGCGAGAAGCAAGUCGACGAGUACCUCGAGCGCGAGAUCUUUCCCGUCGCGCACAAGCAGCGCACCGAAGUACAGGUCGACAAUGAGUUUUUAUGUAUCGGCAUACCGAGUAUAAAUCGCACGACGUCCGGGUUUUUGGCGCAUACGGUUGGAAGCCUUGUUGAUUCGUUGACGCCGAAUGAGCGCAAUCAGAUCCAUAUUGUUGUGCUGCUGGCGGAUAAAGAUCCGACGAGGCAUUUCGCUUAUGGCAAGGAUUGGUUGUUUGGGCUGGCGGAUGAUGUUCUAGUGUAUUCGAACGACUCCAAGACCGAAUCGAAGCUUAAUUACAAGGUUCUCCCUCACGAUGUUCGCGGCAUGGGACGCAGCGACGAUCGCGUGGAGAACAUACGCCUCGACCACUCCGUCCUCUUCGAAGCGUGCCGACGCCGCGAUCCGACGUAUUUCGCCCUCAUCGAAGACGACAUAAUAGCCACGCCCGAUUGGUUCACGCGCUUCAAAAAGGGCGUCAUCGAAGUUGAGCAGAAAGCGACCGAUGCGCACCAAGACUGGAUGUACCUGCGCCUCUUCUACUCCGAGAUAUUCAUGGGCUGGAACAACGAGGAGAUCUUUGACUAUCUCAAGGUCGUCAUUCUAGGCUACACCGCAUUAAUAGCAUGUCUUCUCCUCGCCCUGCGCUGCAGACAGCGUCGUCACGCCGGAUCCUUCGCAACAAAAGACUUUGCGCAAACCGUCGCUCUACUCCUCGGUCUCUGGAUCCCAGCCUGUCUAGCGCUCGCCUUCGUUACCGGGCGGAUAACCCUCCACCGACUAUUCACACGCUCCCCCACGGUGCGCGAAAUGCCUCGCUACGGAUGCUGCGCGCAAGGCCUGGUGUUUCCGAACCACCACCUACAGAACCUGCAGGAUUUCCUGCGCGAGCCGCCGUUUCAGUUCCCGGGGGAUAUGAUCAUGGAGGACUACGCGCGGGAUAACGGGCUGAGCAAGUGGGCGCUUGAUCCGAGUGUUUUGCAGCACGUUGGGCUGGUUGAGUCGAGUGAUGGGCCGCGAAGGGCGGAGGUGUGGAAUUUUAGCUUUGAGAGGUUGAAGGGGUCGUUGGCGUGA